GGGGCACUCGAACGCAGCAGCAGCUUUACCAGCCUGACUUAAACAAAUGUCGGUGAUUUAAACAGAAGCAGGAGGAAAUACUUCACAUCUGGACUUCACGGGUUACGAUGAUGUGAUGAGGAGAUUCAGUGACGUCUCAUAGAACCGGAAAAAGGUCGAAACAAAGAAGCAGGUCCUGCUGAAGAACGUUACGACGGUCUCCCUGCCCUCGGUYCUGGACCCGGUGGUCUUUCAGAGCGUCCUGACGUCUGCCUACACGGGCCAGCUGAGCAUCGUGCACGAGGACAUCGUGAACUACGUGACGGUGGCCAGCUUCCUCCAGAUGUGGCACAUCGUGGAUAAAUGCACCGAGAUCCUGAAGAGGCCCCGCCCGUCCGCAGACUCCGCCCCUGCCCCUCCGGGCUCCGCCCCCCGCCAGCAGUCCCCGAGCAGCACGGACUGCCUGUACGCAGAGAGGGAGGCGCGGCGGCGCGACAGGAGGCCCGACGCUCUGCCUCCGUUAGCCACCUGGAGGCGGCCGCAGCAGCUGGCCAGGUGGGGGCGCCCCAGACCCCCGUCAGACCUGCAGUCCGCCGACUCCCAGCUGGACCUCCAGAACUACGUGGACAGCAGAGACUUCUCCUGCUGCCAGGAGGCCUGGCCCUCCAGCCAGGCCAAAAGCAGCUCCUCGGGUCCGGACGGAGCGGGUCAGAACAGCCGGCACCAGGGCCCGGGGCACGCAGCCGAAGCCUCGAAGCUGAAGGUCAGGCUUCAGCAGCGAGGCGCUGAAAGACCGCUGGACAAGACCAGAGACCGGGACCAGACCCGGGACAGGAGGAAGGACAAGAGAGGAGCCCAGGCUGAUGGAGGAGGAGGAGACAAAGAGGAGGAGGAGGAGGAGGAGGAGGAGAGGAAGGAGGGGGGCACACAGAUGGACUUCCUCCCUCCUGACCCAGAGGAGCGUCUCUCAGGCAGGCAGAGUGUGGAGAAGGUCCAGAGAGGUCCUGUUGGAGGCGACCCGUCCUCUGACCCACCUGGACCGGCUGAGGGACCCUCGGUCUCGGGCAGGGUCCAGUGGCAGACGGGACCCUGGUCUCAGAGCGAGCAGAGACCUCAGGUAGGUGAUGAAGAGGAGGAGGUGGACUUUGAGUGUCUCACAGACUUCAGCAGAGACACGUUCGAGGAGAUCGAGGACGGGACGGGACAGGUGUCCCAGAGGUCUCUGGUGUCUCCGGACUUCAGCCUGGGGGGCUCCGACGGGACCUGGACGUCCAGCGGAGGAGGUCCUGUGACUCCCUCACCUGCUGCGUUUCCUCCUCCCCCGUCCCCUCCCACACCCUCGUCGUCCUCGGCGUCCGUCUCUGGCCCCGCCUACUCAGGGAAGGUGCACUUCUGCCACUGUGGGAAGGCCUACACCCUGAAGAGCAUGAGGGACCGCCACGUCAAGAUGCAGCACCUCAACCUGCGACCCUUCGUCUGCCCCGUCUGCUCCAAGUCCUUCAAGAUGAAGCACCACCUGACCAAGCACCUGAAGACCCACGGGGGGCUGCGGCCCUACGAGUGCUCCGUGUGCGGGAAGAAGGUGGUCUGGAGGGACAGCUUCCUGAGACACCAGACCCGCUGCCAGCGGCUCGCCUCCACCGCCGCCGCCGCCACGCCCGACGGAUACGGCUUCCAAGAUGGAGAGCUGUUUGUCCCGGCGGGGACGGUGAAGGUGGAGGACGGAGACAUCCGCAGGGACAGCAGGGGGGCCGGACUCAUGGACAACGGGUCCGGGAUGGCUGGGACCCCGUCUCAGAACCUGGACUCUGUCAGUCCUGUUUUUAAAGAGGAAGCAGCCGAAAGCUUCUGAGGUAAAAAUAAAAACUUUCUUUAAUGUUUUUAUUUAGAAUAAAGACAAAACAGUUUGUUUUA